AUGUCGUUACUUGAAGACGUUUUUCUGCAAGAUGAGGCAAAUGAAGCCCAAGAAUUAGAAAGAGUUAUUGAAGGUGGUGAUUAUGAAGAGAGGGUUGUUUCCAAUAGCGAUGAUAAUAGUGAGAAAGAAGACGAAGCAGAAGAAGAUAAAAGGCGUGUGGAUCCUGGAUCUACUAAAAUUAAGAGAGUAGUAAAAAACCCAAGGUUUAUACUAAAUCCUGCCCGACUUACUGGUCCCAGAGGAAUACAAGUAAUUCCUGAACAUUUCAAAGAUUUUAAAUUCAAAGGUAAAGGUCAUGAAAAGGAAGAUUUAGAUCUUGUUUUAAAAAAACUAGAGCACUGGGCAUACAGAUUGUAUCCUAAAUUUAAGUUUGAGGACUGCUUAAAGAAAAUAGAGACAUUAGGAAAGAAACGCCCUGUUAUGGUACAUCUCCAAAAGAUCAGAUCGGAUCAAUUUGUAUCUGAUGAGCUUGUAGUACAGAAGGACUCCAGUGAUGAAGAGACAGCUGAACCAGAGCCAGAUGAAUUUGAUAAGCUCUUACAACAGCAAAUAGAGUUGGCUAGAGCCACCCCUGCUCCUGCUAAUAGAAGCGUUGAUACUUCUGUUGAAAAUCGAUCACUGGCGGCGGGGCCUAAGGCUACAUCAUCGCUGUCAAUAAGUGAGGAGCAGAAGGAAAGAAUGCUUCACAAUCGAAAACUAGCUGAAGAAAGACGACAUGCUAAACUGAAUAAUUCCAGUAGCACUACUCCUAACAAUUCUAAUAUUACAAAUGUAUGUGAGGUAAAUAAUGAUAUACAGGAUAAAACAAAGGAAGCUAGUUCAGAUGAAGAAAACACUGAUGAAAUUAGAACAGAAGGGCAGGCACAUAAAAAUGAAGAAAUAGAACCUAAUAAAAAUUUAACAGAAAAUGUUUCACUUCAAAAAAAGGGUCAGCGGACUGCUCUAGACAGUUCUGAUGAAAUGUCGGAUAAUGAAAUUAAUGCACUCAAUAAAAGCUCUAAAGAUGAUAACUUAAAUAAGAAAACAGCUAAAUCACAAGGAAAACAGCGUAAAGCUAAAUUUUUGGAUAGUUCAGAUGACGAAAACCAUGAUCAAACUGGUAUUUCUUUUGAAAAGGAAAAUAUUAAUGAACAAAUCAGUGAUGACAAUCCAAGAAUUAGUCUUAAAAAUAAUGUUUCUGAGGCAACAAUAGAAUCAAUUAAGUUUAAUGAUGGAUCUAAGCACAAUGAAUCAAAUAGUAGUAGUGGAUUAGACAUUAGAGAUGUAGUUUUAGAAAAUAGUAUUAUACAAAGUACAAUACAAGGAUUGGUAGAAAAUGAUAAUAAUAUAAACUUGGAACGCGAUUUAAAUAAUCAUGGCGUCAAUAGCUCAGAAAACGAGGGUAGAACUAAUGUUAAUGAACAAAAUGAGGAAUUAAUGGAUGUAGAUUUUAGUGAAGACUUUUAA